CAUCCAAUGCACCUGAACUUGUUGAUGGAUCAAGCAAACAAGAAGAUUUUACAGUCAACGAUAAAGUAGACUUGUAUUGUUGCUUUAUAAGCAAACAAUCUGCAGUUCAAGUAAAAUGGUACAAGGAUGGUAAACCCCUCCCAACAGGAGGAAAAUAUCACUUUGCGGAAAAAAAGCAAGUUUUGUCAAUUCCUAAAGGCAGUAAGUUGGAUGAUGGCAAAUACCGUUGCGAAGGAUCUAACCAACAUGGCCGAGAAUCGUGGAACAUUACAGUUCAUAUGCAUCGUAAGGAUCACUUGAUUUUUCUAUUAAUUCAAAGCAUUCAUUUAACUUAGACAGAUAGAUUGCUCAUCAGACAAUGACGUACGUAGGCAGGAUAUUUGGUCAAGGGGGACGAAAUAAUCCAAGGAGGGGCCGAAGCAAUAUUAGAGACCUUAAGAUCUACAGUGUGUAUGAAAAAACCUGAACCUUUCAAAUUCAAAUUAGCUAUAAUGUAGUAAUUUGACAGCUCUAAUUGCUUUGAAUUAAUGGUUGGGUAAGAACACAAGGUCUUGAACUUACGGGACAAAACUGAAAGAAAUAAAAAUUAGAAAACUUAAAAGAAAUACUGUAUUUCAUUUAAAUUUUCUAAUUUUUAUUUCUUUGAGUGUUGUCCCAUGAGUAGAGAGGAAAAUAUUAUUAAUAUCGGAGAAAUAUUACCCGAAGUGAUGAUAUUUCCCGAGCGCGAAGAUCUUUGCCCCGAGGGAAAUUAAAUAACGUCACUUCGGGUAAUAUUUCCCCGAAUCCCCCGAGCAGAGGGUCUGUAAAUGAUAUAUUAUACCGAAAAUUAAAAGUCUUCAAGUUGAGAAUUAAAAACUUGACACAUUAACGCAAGUGUCGUCGCUUUUCUUUCGUAUCACAUAUCGUUUGGAAUAUUAAUGCCAACAUUUUUCAAAAUUUGUUUUGAAAUUUUGAAAAAGCCCCAGGUUUUACGUUUAAAAUUUAAUUAUUCAUCACUCAUUAACACUAUUUCUAUUUUGUCGGCCAUCUUGUUGUCAUACGUGUUGUCUCGCGUGGUCUACGCGAAUAAUGUUCCACCACGUGUUCCCUGGGGAACAUGGGGUGGAACAUUGUCAAAAGGAACGAAGGCUCGCUAAAUGAUGACGUAAGGCGUGAUAUCGCGAUUAAUUUCAUGCUCACGUGUCACAAACUGAGUUUUCUGAUUGGACAAUUUGAAGUUGAGGUAUAAUAUCACGUUAUAGCUAAUUUGAAUUUGAAAGGGUUCAGUUUUUUUAUACACACUGAAGGACGACGACGUGACGACGACGUGACGACGACGGCUAGUAAUACAAUAAAAUUAAUAAUAUUUAAGAAAAGAAAUGAAUAAUUGAAAUCCUAUGGGAGAUUCAGACGUCGUCCAUGGUCUGUUUACAACUGGUAAACCAGAGUUUUUACGUCCUGUGUACAACGUUUGCAUUUCAGUACGUAAGAAGUGCCGGGAUACUCGGCGGAUUGAUUCAGUACUAAUAUGGAACUCUACUCAACACAAAGCCUCUGUUUUGAUCUCUUCAUGCUGUAUUAAAUUCAUAUAAUUGAUAAUAUACGAUAAUAUUUCAUUACAAUUCUUUGUUUGGGUUUUGUUUUGGUCGUCGUCGUCGCUCUGCCAACAUGAGCUCCACCUUUGAAUUUACUAUAUGAGUUUAUCAUGAAGAUUUUCAAAAAAAUAGUUUUUAAAAAAGUUUUAAAAGAGUUUUAGAAAGCAAAAGAAGUUUAAAAAGUUAGAUUUUCGAAAAAGUUUAAAAAGUUAAAAAAAGUUUAAAAAGUUAGGGUUAGGGGUUAGUGCUUAGGGGUAAGGUUAGUGGUUAGGGUUGGGGUUAGUGUUAGGUGCCGCGAAUUUAUCAUAAUGAUAAAUUCGGACGUGUUUAGGACCCUGCGCUUUGCCGUCCUACAUCUUAAGGUGCCUAAUAAUUUUACUCUAAGCUAGUUCGAAUAUCAUUUGUUUAUUGUGUGAAAACGUAUUUAGACUCCCAGGCUAUUCAUGCAUAAUAUUAAACAAAUAAUAUACAAUUAUUAAUUAGGCGAAGCUGAGCAAAAUAUCGUGAUUUGUCAGUGGCGAGCAGAUCAUUUCUUUGCCGAUGCCGAAGGCAAAGGGAAAUAAUUGAUCUGCGAGCCACCGACUAAUUGCGAUAUUUUGCGAUAACCGAAAUCAAUAAUUGUUUUAUAAUUUACUUAUUCAUUCUCGAAAUUUUGUGGCCGUCACCAAGUCCAACAAAGCUGCAGCUACAAUAACAAUAUCUGAAGAUUUAACAAGCCAUGUUUAAUUUUGUGUUUAUUUGAAAUGCUUUUCAAAAGUCUUAUAUGCGUAUGCGUAAAUCGAUAUUUUGCAAUUGAGAAUUGAUUUUCCAAGUGCGCAUGCUCAGUUGCACUAGUUAUUUGCAGCUUACGUAUUAUUCUCACCAGUUAUUUUUGUAAGAAAGUUAGCCAAUCAACGUACGUUGUAAAAAUGGAUAAGUAAAUCAUAAUAAAUGUUAUGAGUAAAUGGUAAAAAUUAAUAUUUUCUUCAGGUGCCAGACGGAAUGGAAAAUUCAAUCUUACACAAAAUGAAAAUAUUUUUACUGCCGUGUUGCACGAAUGAAAACCUUCAUGCAUUAUUUGUUUUAUAUAACACCAAAUAAGUCACUGUUAUCUAUUUCUUAUUGAAUUAAAGACAAAAAAAAACAUACCUGAGUUCCAUGUACAAUGUUUAAAAAUUAUAGAAAUUCAACAUGUUUGAGGGAAGAGUUUAUGUAAUAAGGCAUUCAUUCAUUACAACUUUGUCCUAAAAAAUAAUAUUUGAGUGAUUAUUGCACCUGUCAUUUUGCUUCGCACAAAUUAUGCAUUUGAAUUUAAUUCCAUCUGCCUCACUGUGUAUAUCUGGGUAACGUGCACGUGAGCUACGAUUGGGAUAUGAUUAAGAUUUUGACAGAUAGAAUUUAAUGAAAACCAAACUGUGCAAUUGGAACCGGAAAACGUAUAGAAGAAAAAUGCACGACAUGAAUGUGCAAUGGAAUGCACAUUUCAAAUCCCUUAUCACGUGACCAUAAUGAACCUUAAAUUCCCAAAAUUAAACGAGAUGUUAUAAAAGGUACAGAUACCUUUUAGGGGGCGGGGGGAUAUGCUGCCCAGAGAAAAAUUUUAAAAUCUGGAGUAGGUAGAGAGCCAUUGCCUCAACAAUACAGCAUACCUAAUUUUAAGAAUUUUUUGUUACUGCACAUAUUUGUACAAAGUUUAUCCUAGCCCAGAAAAUUUUUGAACACACCCUUAUAAUAACAUGUAACCACAAAACAGGCUACAAUUGAUUUUUAAAAAUGUCUUGACAACACCAGCAGUUAUGGCUGUUUAUGACAGUAUAAUUGCAUAAUCACGUGCUUGCAGGAAAGAAAUAUUUUCGUCAUGGCAAACGAAAGGCGGUUUAGGCGUGACAAACCCCUACUGAAGUUCCAGAGGCAUACACCCACAGAAAAUUUUGUAAUCUAAGCUCUCCAAAAGGGCAUUUCCUGCAAUGUGCGGAGACAUUCUAAAAAAUUUUGAACAUAUUAUACACUAAUUACAAAACAUUAAGCAUCAUUCACUCCAUCUAAUUCCAUGCUUAUAAAGAGAUCUUUGGUGAGAGACUUUGUUCAUUUGAUAAAACCUCAGUAUAAUAUUGGUGCGGACGUUCGAUAAUUUGGCAGUUAUCAUUUCAAUUUCAUUCAACUUAUUCUCAUUCAAAGUGUUUUGAUUAAUACAAUUUUUCUGCUCAUUUUCCUAUUAUAUAACAUUAUAUUCUAUAUUACCUGAUCAUAAUCAGCCAAUUAAAGUACCAUAAUUUAAUGAGGUGUCAUAUAAUUUAUUAAAGUGUUAUAGUCAAACAACAAUACAAACUUUAUAAUUUAUCUUCUAUGUUUUCUACAGUCCCGCGAUGUCAACAUGCAACGGUGAACAGUCCCCAAUCAAAUAUUUCAGCUAAGAAAGGAAACAGUGUUACUUUAACAUGCUUGGUAGAAACGAAGAAAGAUUGUCGAACAAGCCUCGCGUCAUUUUACUGGAGGAACCCAAAAGGAAAAAUUGUGAUAAAGAAUAGUAAGGUACAAGCUAUAUCAAGUGGUGGUAGCUACAACGUUGUCCGUAUGACAUUGACCAUAAAACAUGCGAGGAAACAUCGUUCAGGCACCUACAAAUGUAUCACGAAAAGUGUGCGUUACAAUGAAGCUAGUAAAGUGGUGCUUAAUGUAAAAUAA